AUGCCACCACGCAAAUCAACCUCCUCAGUGACCCCAGCCGACCCAGACGACUCCCUCCUCCAGUCAUCGCCAGCACAACGAACAGAUAAACCCGUCUUUGCGACGGAACAGCAGUUGAAGGCGCGGGCUGAGGCUGGUGUCAGCGUUGAGGACUAUCUACUCCCACGCUCAUUGACAAUCCGUCUCGCAAAGGCUGUCCUCCCGCCGAAUACAACUAUCCAGAAAGAUGCCGUGCUAGCCAUGCAAAAGGCGGCGACGGUCUUCGUUUCGUAUUUGUCUUCGAAUGCCAACGACGCAACCCUCAAACGAACAAUCGCCCCAUUAGACGUCUUCAACGCCCUCUCAGAGCUAGAACUCGAUUCCUUCCGCGGCCGCCUCGAGCAGGAAUUAGAAGCGUAUACCGAUAUCAAAGCCGGCAAGCGCAAGCCCAAGAAGACUGAUAAUGGCGUUGCGCCUGAUGCCGGGGGUGAUGUUUCUGGUAUUGCUGCUGGCGGUGGAGAUGGAGAUGGGGAUGUGGAGAUGACCGAUAACCCCGCUAAAAGGGUGAAGCGUGAUGGGGAGGAUGGUGCUGCACCUGCAGCAGGCGCAGGCGCAGAUGCAGAUGGAGAUGAGACGCAGGAGGAUGAGGUCGAAGAAGAAGACGAAGAGGAGGAAGAAGAUGAGGAGGAGGAUGAGGAGGAAGGGGAGGGCGAGGCGCGCCCUAGACCUGAGGAUGAUCUUGAGCUUGUUGAGGAUCUGGAUCGUGAGCCUGGGGCUCCGAGGGGGCCUUUUGAUCCUGAUGCUGAGGAGACGGACGAGGAUGAGGCUGGGCCUGGUAGUCAGUUGCGGGAUAAUCUUGGGCUUGGUUAA